AUGAGGAAUGCCUCAGUGGUGACCAUGUUUAUUCUGCUGGGCAUCCCACACACAGAGGAUCUGGAGACCAUGCUCUUUGUUCUCUUUUUGUCCUUCUACAUCUUUACCUUUAUAGGGAACCUGCUCAUCCUCCUGGCAAUUGUCUCCUCCACUCGGCUUCACACUCCCAUGUACUUCUUCCUGUGUGAACUGUCUACGUGUGACAUAUUUUUUCCUUCUGUGAGUUCCCCCAAGAUGCUCUUCUACCUCUCAGGGAAUAGCCGAGCCAUCUCCUAUGCAGGCUGUGUGUCCCAGCUCUUCUUCUACCAUUUCCUGGGUUGUACAGAGUGUUUCCUGUACACAGUGAUGGCCUAUGACCGCUUUGUUGCCAUCUGUUACCCUCUACGCUAUACAAUAAUCAUGAGUCACAGAGCGUGUGCCCUCCUAGCCAUAGGGACCUCUUUUUUUGGCUGUAUUCAGGCCAUCUUUCUAACUGCUCUCACCUUCCAAUUGCCCUACUGUGGCCCCAAUGAGGUGGACUAUUACUUCUGUGAUAUCCCAGUGAUGCUGAAGUUGGCUUGUGCAGAAACCUCCACUCUGGAGAUGGUGGGGUUCGUUAGUGUGGGUCUCAUGCCCCUCAGCUGCUUCCUUCUUAUCAUCACUUCCUACAGCCGCAUCGUAUCCUCCAUUCUUCAAAUCCGAUCUACUGAAGGCCGACAUCGUGCCUUUUCUACCUGUAGUGCCCACCUCACUGCCAUCCUUCUCUCUUUUAUGCCAGUGGUUCUUAUUUACCUACAGCCCACUCCUAACCCUUGGCUUAAUGCAACUGUUCAGGUCCUGAAUAACCUUGUCACCCCCAUGCUGAAACCUCUGAUCUACAGCCUGAGAAAUAAGGAGGUAAAGAAUUAUCUGAAGAAGGUGCUACAGCAGGUGGCCUUCCUUCCCGAAAAGUGA